GCGGUGUGUCCGGGGAGGCUGGCCGGCCGCCGCUGCUCCGCCGCUACCUUAAUUUAUUUUGGAUUAGGAUUCCCAUGGCAUGUGAACUAGAAGAUAAUUUGAAAUAGAAGGUCUCUUUAUUUUGAAGUGACAGUCUUUAUCAAAAUGGUUGGAAAACUCAAACAGAACUUGCUGUUGGCGUGUCUGGUGAUCAGUUCAGUGACAGUGUUUUAUUUGGGCCAACAUGCUAUGGAGUGUCACCAUCGAAUAGAAGAACGCAGCCAGCCUGUGAGGAUGGAAAGCGUGAGAAGCACAGUAAGAACUGCUUCCAAUGUAAAUCCAAACAAAACCUUUGCUUACAACAAAGACAUGCCUUUAAUAUUUAUUGGAGGAGUACCUCGAAGCGGCACUACCUUAAUGCGUGCCAUGCUUGAUGCCCAUCCGGAUAUUCGAUGUGGAGAAGAGACAAGGGUAAUCCCACGAAUUCUGGCAGUUAAGCAGAUGUGGGCUAGAUCAAGCAAAGAGAAGAUCCGACUGGAUGAAGCUGGAGUCACAGAUGAGGUUCUAGACUCAGCCAUGCAAGCAUUUUUAUUGGAAAUCAUUGUGAAACAUGGAGAGCCUGCUCCGUAUUUGUGUAACAAAGAUCCUUUUGCUUUAAAAUCCUUAACUUAUCUUGCUAGAAUUUUCCCCAAUGCCAAAUUUCUUCUAAUGGUACGGGAUGGUCGUGCAUCUGUGCAUUCCAUGAUAUCUAGAAAAGUCACGAUAGCUGGCUUUGACCUUAACAGCUACAGGGACUGCUUGACCAAGUGGAAUCGUGCUAUAGAAACCAUGUAUAACCAGUGUAUGGAGGUUGGUUUUGAAAGGUGUAUGCUGGUACAUUAUGAACAACUCGUAUUGCAUCCUGAAAGAUGGAUGAGAACUCUCUUGAAGUUUCUUCGCAUACCCUGGAACCAAGCAGUGCUGCACCAUGAAGAAAUGAUUGGAAAAGCAGGGGGUGUUUCUCUUUCAAAGGUUGAAAGAUCUACUGACCAAGUAAUCAAGCCAGUCAAUGUGGAAGCACUGUCAAAGUGGGUUGGGAAGAUACCUGCUGAUGUUCUGCAAGAUAUGCCUGUGAUUGCACCCAUGCUAGCAAAACUGGGCUAUGAUCCAUAUGCCAAUCCACCGAAUUAUGGAAAGCCAGAUCAAAAAGUUGUGGAAAACACAAGGCGGGUGUAUAAAGGUGAAUUUCAACUUCCUGACUUUCUUAAAGAAGUGCCACAGCCAAAGAAGACAGUAGAAAGGAAGUCUCCUGGCAAGAUAAAAUGAACGUGGAUCAGUAAAGCUGAAUAGCUGUAGUACUGAACCCAUGGAAUAGAAGAUGCAAUGGAUAUUUCUUGCACAGAAGAAAAGAGACUGCUGCCUUUUCAAUGGAAAUGAUCUUACAAGGACUGUCCCGCUGACAGCAGUGAGGCAUACUGCUCAUGGCCUGCUGCUUGCAGAAUUUUCUCCCCCAUUUCUUUCAUGCUGGUUUUUGUUCAAAAUUUUGUUGUUGUGAGCGCAUGUAAACCUGUCUAAAAAAAAAAAAAAAAUUCACUGAUGUUAAUGUAGAACCGUAUUCCAUUCGCACAACUAUUUUUUUAGAAGUUUCUAAAAAAUGCAAAGCAAUGCCUGUCUCUGAAAUUGCUCUUCUGUCUUAAUUCCAGAACUCCAUCUUCAAAGAUUCUUUUUUUGUUGUUGUUCCUGUAGCAGUUUGGGUUUAAAUGUAUGAAGCUUUCAAAGAGUGGUCUGUGCUUGUCCUAAAAGAUUUUUU